CUGUGCUGGACAUAUUCUGUGUCGCACACUAAAAUAUCGCGUCCAUUCUGGGCGGCAGCCGUUGAGGUCAAUCGCAGCCCUUUGAGGCCCAGGGACGUUACCACGCGCUCAAAUACCACCUUGUCUCAAAUUUCGCCGCCACAAAGACAAUCGGAGGGACCACGUCGCCUUUGUUCUUGAACAAACAUUCACCAAACGGCUUAGAAAUCGCGAAGUCUACCUGCCGCUAGCAUUUUCCUCAGAGGUCGCGACAUUCCUCACCUCUUUAAAUCCGCCAACAUGAACCCUCAACAUUCCGGAGCGGCGACGCUGCCCAAGGGCUUCCGUUUCCAUGAACCGGAUCAGCAAACCCCCAAAACACCGGAGCCUUCCGCCAUGGACGAGGAGCUUCAGCCACCUUCGCCGCCGCGUCCGCGGUUGAGACUGAAAAGGCGCGUCGCAUCCAACUUGAACGCUCCAACGACGCACUUCCUCGCGUCAGUUGCUGCCGCCGACGUUCCGAUUCCCAGCAUCGAAGAGCCCGAGUCGGCUGGUCCAGACACGCAUACGCAAUUUUCCAGCAUGACGUACCCCGUUAUUCACAAUCUCAAUGACCUGGACGGGCUCGCCUUACAUAAACUUCGCGGACGGCGUUUUUCUCCACCCAAAACGCCAGCGCCUGGCGCCGCUCCCUCACUAUCCCCUAGACGGUAUCCCAACUGGUCCAUCGACUCUGCCUUCAGUAGCGGCGAGUCUACCCCAGAAUGCGAGUCCAGUCGGCCAUCUACCGCACGGUCUACGCAAACCAGCGCUUCUCUCUUCAGUCGCUUCUCCCUCACAUCAGAAGACCUGCAGUGCAUCAGCCCGGAAACUGACGCGUCCGAUCACGUCAAGCACUCAUUUUUCGACGCAGUCGAAGAGCCUGCCGAACCAUCGUCUUCAGCCAAGCCAAAGACGAAGAGGAGAAAGGCCCCUUGGACCAAAGCGAUGAGCGACCACCUUUGGGCUACCUACCUUACCUAUCUACAGGACCCUAAGGUUACGCCGUUCCGCACCGCCAAGAGUGGCGUGCCGCCUCAUGGAGUUUGUCUUCGUGUUGCGAGGGAAACGAAGAGAAGCUGGAGAGGCCCCAAAGGUGGAAGAAAGUCUCUCAACCCCAAGAGUGGAAGCAGCACUCCUACCGUCGAGACCUGUACCUUUUUGCAGUGGCCACACACUUGUGCGUCCACCCGAGCUCAUUUGAGAGACCUUUGCAAGCUCAAAGCCGCUUCAUCAUCGGCCCGUACCAGCAAGUUCCUCGCCAACAGCCCGACACCCUUCGGCAGAACGGCGGCGCGUUUCUGGAACCGGAGAUCCACUCCGGCCCGGUCUCCGUCCGUCUUUUCAGCUCACGACAUGUCCAUGUCACUUACUCUGAGCACCUCGGAAGUCAUGCAACCCCAGGGUCCUCUGGCGCAACUUACCAAGUCGAAACCCGAACCUGUCCAAGAGACGAUGACUGAGCCAUUCCCGUUGUUUCCUAUGGAGUUAGCGGACGCCCCUAUCGACGACCGGCCACGACUCGGGACACCUUUCAUGGCCAACAGUUACGGGCCCAGCUCAACGAGUGCGCUGGCUGCCUCUUCAGUACCGCAAAGACAGAACCAAAGUCUUGGCCACAGGCGCACUUUGCAGUCGCCGGCGCGUCUGACGAGAAGUCGAUCGAACACGCAGAAGCGCGUCGGCCGGCCCAGACAAGCAUCUCAUGAGCCGCGCAAGACCAAGCGACCUAGUCUUGUUUCCGACCUCUGGACUGAGCCGAUGCCAUCCGAGAGUCUACCCAAGACACCGGUCAAACCAGAAGUCGAGUUCAGCUCCACGGACAGGAACUCACACGACGACCUUUUUGUACCUCGUACAAGUCUCAGUGGGCUCUUCACAGCCCCUAUGCAGAUACCUGCGCCGAGACUCCAGCCUGCCAACCUGCCUGACCCCUUUUUGGCUGCGCCAAACGCACCUCCUGCAAGGCUUGGAUCGCCGUUCCCCGGAACCAAGACCAGCUUUUCAUUCCCAAAUCGUUUCACGCAGCCAGAAGAGUUUGAUCACGGCACUAUUCGCCCGUUUGCCACUAUUCAGCAACAACCCAGCGGGGAUGGCGGCUUAGCUCCUCCUCGUAACCUGGCUGACCGCCUGGCUUACAUUGACGAGCGUCUUCGCAACUUCAGACGCCGGGACAACAAUCGUCGCCGGUCUGAAUCACCUUUCUAGUGAUAUAUUUUCUUUGUACAUGUUGCUACGCCCGUUACUCUCACGACUUAUGAGUCCAUGCGAGUUAUCUGCUCGAUACCCCUGUGGAGAUACUCCUGCAAGGACAUACCCCUCGACUGG